AAAAUAUAACUAUAUUAGGCUUCCCGGAUUAUUUGAACUUCGAUUUCAGAAUAGCACUGUUCGCAAAAGAAACGCAAAGAUAUUUGUGUUUCAACGAAAAUUGGAAGUUAGUUGGAAUGAAAGAACGCCAAAGCACCUGCUAUUUCAACGAAACCAUUGUUCACGGUUAUUUCGUGUUUCGUUCCGUAGUCGAUCGGCAGCGACGUGUCGGUUUCACGCAUCGAGGUAAGCCAAUUGGCCCCAAAAAGAGUGUCAACGAUGCUUGUUAUCUAUUUACAAAAAUACCUGCUGAUCAAUUUUUCCAUCAACACACUAAAACAUAUGCACCCAAAUCGAAAGCCACAUCACCAACAUUAAUAUCGACAACAUACUCAACGUCAUCAACAACAUUAAGCCGAACAAAAACCACAACAACAGCAACGAAUAAAAUAAAAGCAUCACGCAACAAAAAUAAUCGAAAUAAUGGAAUGCGCAACAAUAGCAAUAGCAAUAUUAAUAAACAUAAUCAAAAUCAACAACAUUCAAAUGGCCAUAAUAGCAAAUUAAGUACUAAUAUUAAAAACUCUAAUAAUAAUAAUAAUAACAACAACAACAAUAAUAAUAAUAAUAAUUAUAAUAAUACCAACAACACUAAUUUAAGUAGCACUAAACAGCAAAAUUUAAUUUUAAGCAAACAAUUUAACAUUAAUAAUAACACAAAGGAGCAUGUACAGCACCAGCAACAUGUUGCGCAUCAUCAGGUGCGGCAUCAUCACAAUGAUCCAAAUUUGAUAGCGCGUCGACAGCAACACGAACACAAACAGAAGCGUCGACAACGCAAUCGUAAUAAAGCCAUGCAAACUAGUCUAAACACAACGAAUGCAACAUUUAAGCAAACAACUUUGACAAAAUCAACAACAAUUGCAAAACACGCAACAACAACACUACCAACAAUAACAGCAACAAUCGCUUCAACAACACAAAACCAAACUGCCUUUGGUAUAACAUCAGCUGCAACAUUAGCAAAUAAUAACAAAAAGCAAAUAAACAUUGUACCAACAACUGUUGUUGCAAUAACAAUUCCCACAGCAACUGCAACGAAUAAAGCAAGUAAAUCUGUCACAACAACAAUUGCAAGUAAACGUAAAGGACGGCGAAGAAAAGGCGAGCGGGCGCGUAAAAAACAUUUACAAGACUCACAAAAACAACGUCUUAUACUUAAUUCCAAAGAACUGCAACCGAAACCCGUAACCACGCCUGCAUUGAGCGCAUUCACCACUGCAUCAAUAUCACAGACAUCAUUCGAUGAUUUCAAUAAUAGUCUUUCCACAACAACUAACAAUGAUUGGACACCAACGUCGCUAGAACCAACAGCAAUCUCAUUAGAAGUCAGCAACUCAUCAACAGCAACUGCAACUGCAACAGCAAGUGAUUUAUUUGGCACAUUAUUAUCGUCAGCAAUCAUGUCGACAUCAGGUGAAUUUGAUUACAGCACAGGAACAACUGCUGCUACCGAAUCGAUGGAAAGCACUACAUUUGAUAAAUUGAGAAACGAUUUGCUGUCGUCACCUAUUCCAACAGGUACAGGUGGAACAACAGUUAGUAAUAAUAACACAUUUAUAUUGACAGUUCCCACUACAGCAACAACUCAAGACACAAGCAGUAUUAGCAAUGAACAUAAAUUACAAGCAGCAGUUGUAACUCCAAAUAACACACCUGCAACAUCAACUCUAAGUUUCAGCAAAAGUGAAGAUUUGUUGACAACAAUUUUGAGUACUCAAGACAACUGGCAAAAUACUAGCAACAAUGAUGAUUUGUUGCAGACCACAACAGAAACCAAUUUGAAUUUUUGGCAGGACAUAGGAAAUGAUUUCUACUCAAGAGCUUAUUUAGAGAAUGACACCAACAGUAACUAUGACAGUAAUGAAGACAGCUACAACGUCACCAGUAAUAUGACAACUGAAACUACAGAACCUUGCACUGAUAAACUUGCUACAGCUGCAACUACGCUAAUCAUUGAUCGCGAUGAUGUAGCUGACUACAACAACACACACAACAAUUCCAGUACAGAUACUGUUGAUGAUGAUUUUUCGGAUGUAUUUAACUAUAUUGAUGACUUAAGUGAAGAAAUUAAUUUUAACAAUGAAACGUCAACAACAUUGCAAAGUGUAGUUGCACCAACUACACUAGCAACAUAUUUGUACAACAAAUUUAGCUCAACAGCACAUCAAGAACGACAAGGCAACAGUGAUGAGCAAAAAAAUCAUAUUGAACAUAAAUCUACAACAGAAGAACUAGCAACAACCGCUGCUGCAGCAACUAAAAAUGUUAAUGCAACACAAAUGCCAACAAGUAGUGAUUAUUGGCAACAUGGGUAUUUCUUUGACAAUUUCGCUUUUCCUGAAUUUAUGUUAGGCCCACAAGAUAGUAACACACACAAAGACAACAAUGACACCAAUAACAAUUACCAACAACAACAACAGCUGUUGAAUAGUAAACCUAACAACAAUAUAUCCAAUAAAUUGCAACGACAUAACAAUAAGAUGCAUAACAAAUCUACUUCAGUAGCAACAGUUGCUAAUACAGCUACAACACAUUUGCAAAAAGCAAUAACUACAGCCUUCAUACCAACAGCAACAACAAAUACAGCAACAACAACACUUUUAACAACCCUUAAACAUAACAAAUGGUUACAAAAAUUAUAUUUAUCAGCACAUCAACAGAUUGAACAACAACAAGAACAACAACGAGUACGAGAACAAGAACAACAGCAACAUAUUGAUAACAUUAACACUAAUAACAAUAGCUUGUUAAGUGUUAACAAAAACAUAAACAACAGCUAUACUAAUAAUACAAUUACAGAACAAAACGUUAAUAGUUUGCAGCCAACAAGCCCAACAACAUCCCAUGCUGCUCAUCAUAGUACAAUUGCAACAUUUCCAGCUCUGUCUACUGUUGCCACAACCACGAAAAAAUCUUUACGUAAAUCAACACAAAAAUUAUUAGCAACACCUUUUCAUAAGUUGACUUAUGUACGAAAUAAUGCUGGCGAUAUCGAUAUCGAUAACAUUGACAACAUCAGCGUAUAUCCAGAUCUAAGUGACGAUGAUGUUGAUAAUAUUGCUGGUAUGCAGCAAUAUGGUGCAACAACCGAUACCGUAGAUAAAAGCACUCACAAUUAUCACAACAACAAUAACUAUUACAAAGGCAUCGGCAACAGUCGCCUUACGAUUGUUAGUGCCUACUUACCAACUUCGUCUUCGGUUAUUCUACCCGAAUCAAUACGAAUUGCGAAAAAUAAGUUAAAUAAGGAACGUAAACGUAGAGCUGAGCUACGUCAAAGACAAAUAGGCAACAUAUUUGCGUAGUAAGAUUACCAGAACAUAUAAGCAUACCUUCUUCGAAUUGCUCUUAAUAGACGUAUUACUCUAUAGCGACAACUGCUUAAAAGUUGCAACUGCACUAAAACAACACUGCAAAGCUUAGCCAAGACCAAAACCACAUUGUACGGACAACAAUAUUAUUAAAAAAAAAAAAGUAAUAGAUUUGCUUAAAAUGAAUUUGUAAAAUAUAAAAAUGCUGCUUAAGAUAUAUAAUUACUUAUAUUUAAAAGAAAGGAACAGACUUAUAAUCUUAAAUAAAAGACAAUAACAAUUGAGUUCUACGCCUGUUAAAUUGUAAUUUAUAACUAAUAUACAAAAAUACAAAAUAAAUUAAAUAU